CGCCUCAGCAGAGGUGAGCGGCCUCGCGCUCAUCAGACCUGAUUAAACUCACCUGUCGGCGUAGCGGCAGCGGCUCGUGCCGUCGUAUCUGAACCGGACCGAGCUCAUCGAGUUUACCGCGGACGCUGAGGUUAGUUUACCGGCGGCGGGAUGCAGAAAGGCCUGAAGAAGUACUUCGUCAACAUGGACGAGUACCUGUCCAGUCUGGGACUCUACAGGAAGAUGGUGGCCCGGGACGCGUCCAGUCUGUUCCGAGCCGUGUCAGAGCAGUUGUAUUACUCUCAGAAUUACCAUCAGAAGAUCCGUCAGGACUGUGCCAACUUCAUGAGAGCCAACAGAUGCAACUUUGAACCGUUUGUCGAAGGUUCGUUUGAGAAAUAUCUGGAGCGUCUGGAGGACCCGAAGGAGACGGUGGGUCAGGUGGAGAUAAAGGCUCUGUCUCAGCUCUACAGACGUUGUUUCCUAAUCUAUCGUUACCCGGGGAAACCAGCCACCGUGAUCUCAGAGGACGACUUUGUGGACAAGGUGACACUUUGUUGCUCAAUCAAUGGUCACUAUGACAUUGUUUACCCGAGGAGUUACCCCGCCUCCGCCGCCCUCUGUCAAUCUCUCCUGUACGAGCUGCUCUACACUCAGGUGUUUGGGGUGGAGGAGGCAGAGCUCUGUCAGGCCAUGGAAGCCUUCAGGGUCGGAGGUCGUCGCUAUAGAAACAGUCCAUCAGUGUGUAGUGAUGUCGACAUCGGCUACGACACACCUGAGGACCGAGGACAAAGGGAGGAGGUGGAGUUGGGUGGAGGUGCUGAGGAGAAACCCAGAGCUGUGACGGAUGACACAAAGCCUCCGGCAGAGGUUCCACCACCCUCCAGACUCUCUCUGCCUUACAAAGUGAUGAAGUCUCUGGACGGAGAAGUUUACAGAAACCUGGAGUUUGACGUGUGGCAGGACACCUGCAAAGAGAUGCAGAAGACGGACUACAUGGUGUUUGCAGGGAGGCAGUACUUCCUGGGAGACAAGUGUCAGGUGCGUCUGGAGCCAAAGGGGAAGUACUACAACGCUUUCAUCCAGGAAGUAGGAACACACUCAUCCGCUGUCACCGUCUUCAUUGAGGAGCUUGGAGAGAAACACCUGGUUCCUCUGACUGAUCUCAAACCAGUGAAUCCAGUUCCCGCCUGGAAUGUUGCUGCUUCCACUAGAAAAGGAGAUCUGGAUUCAGAUCCUCGUGGUCAGCGUCAUCACCGCCAUCGUUACUUUAGGAAGUCUCGGGGCAGCAGUGGGGUGAAGGGGGCAGAGCUGUUGAUGCCGCCACCCUCUUCAUAUGGAGGCCCAGCCACAUCCACCCUGCCCCCUCGCUUCCAGCCGGCAGGUCACCCCCGCCCACCCCCUCCUCCAUCACCCGGAACGAUGACCUAUGACCCCUACCCCCCACCUCACCACCACCCCCCUACAGCUAGACCUCCUCGCUAUGGAGCCUCCAGAAGCUCAACCCGUUUCCUGAACCGUCACCUGAUUGGUCCACAGCUGACCUACUACCACCCCAGCCGACGAUAUUACCAUGACUACGAGAACUACGCCUUCAGGUCACGUCGUAGCCGGCGUCAACUGGUAGCAGCUCUGAAUAAAGAGUGUCAGUUUGGUUUCCCGGCGGAGACAGUGGAGGAGCCGGCUGAUCUUGAUGCAGCUAUUGCAUACUACCAGCUGGAUGACGCCAGCGACGCAGUCUUCCCGCCACUGCCGGGCCCGGCUGUGGCCCCACCCCCCACCAUGGGAGCCCCUCCACCUCCCCCUGGCUCCUCCUACAGGGUUCAGAGAGGCCCGGGGCCCCUCUCACCUGCACCUCCACCUGGAAACACCCCUGUCUGCUCUUCAGAGGAGGACCAGGAGGACACGAGCACCGUCGAGGACCAGGAGGAGUACAUCUACAGCACUCAGGAUCAGAGCUACCAGACUUCAGGUGUUUACACUGCUGCUGAGCCCUCCACCAACCAGGAUGAGCAGGAAGGAGGUACUGCCGGCUCUCCACCGAGACCAGACAUGAACUACAACUACACACAGCAGGUAGUGAAGCCAUUAGCCGUCAUCUGCUCUUCACCCUCCUCUUCCUCCUCCUCACCCUCCUCUCCAUCAUCACAUGUACCUGCAGCCGCUCACCUGCCGCCACCUGCGCACACACAACCACGCUCAGCUGCCAUGGCCAUCCCAUCUACUUCUCCCUGGUUGGUUAACGAGCUGGGUGAGCCUCUCUGCACCGUGGUCGCUCCGCCCCCUUACUCCUACGACCCUAACGGCAGUGAUUUACCUCGAGACUGCAGAGUCCUUCAGUAUUACUUCAACUUAGGAGUCCAGUGGUACCAUCAGAGCUGUUGGCAGCAGCAGCAGCAGACGUACCCCCCCGCCUCACCGGAGGCCCCCUACACCUACCAACACUACUCCCCCUACCUGACCCAGGACCCCCUGCACGUUGCCCCUCAGUCCUACCCUGAGACAGGUCGAAGCUCCCAUCAGCCCCCCUCCUCCUACCCGGAAUCCAGCAGGGCAGGAGAUGGACAGACAGACGGACACAGCAGUGGCCCCGCCCCAUCUCUGGAAGCCCCCCCUCCCUCAAUCAGCUCCGCCCCUCCGGGUUCCGCCCCCUCUGCUGCGCUCCUGUACCCGGACCAGACACAUCUCCCCCCGCCACCGAUGAUGCACCUGCCAUAUGAAGCUCCGCCCCUGGCCACCUACCUGCCCUCCGCCCCUCACCCUGUUCAUCCCCACCCUGCCCACCUCCCCCAUCACUCCUCCUACCACUGCCUCCCCCCAUCCGCUCACUGGGGGACACUCCAGACCGGAGGCCACGCCCCGCGGGUUUACUGCCCCACCCCUAACCCUGCCCACGUGGUCGGUUACAUUACAGCCCCGCCCCCGCACCACACGGCCACACACUACAUCCCCCCCACCAUCUAACACACACAUCACACUGAAACUCACACUCCUCACACCUCACUCUUUAAUGCACAGCUAACCGCACCCUUUGCUGUGUGCUAACGCAAGUCCCUGUCAGCAGGAAAACCUCAUAUCUCCACUCAAGUGGAAGGUUUCUAGAGGAUGAACUUAAGUAAAAAUCUGAGCAAAUUUCAACAUAAAGAUAAAUUAUAAUUGAAAAAAAAAAAACAAAUAUUAAAAACAAAAAUUAGAAUAAAUGCGUAAAAAAAAUUAAUGAGGUAAUCAAUUUUGAUGUCAAGGUUUUCCUGUGGUAGCAGGUUAGCAUGUUAGCUUCACAUUGAAAACAAUGGAAGAUUUCUGCUCAGAUUUGCUGUUAGCUCGUGGCUAAAUUACCUAUGUCAGUGUUUUUGUUUCCAAAAAUCUUAAAUACCUAAGACACAACUCAUCUGCCUCAGAAUCACUUCCUGUUCAAAAUGUUCGUUUGGACCUUUCAUUAGUUAGUGGGCACCUCGUUAAAGGGACACACAUGCCUCCACGUUGUCGUAGCGACGGAGUCGGCGCAGCUGCCUGAGAAAAACGACAGAUUUUUGUUUGUUAAAGUUCGUCAGUCGGUUAAUUGAGUUUAUCUUUAGAGCAUCAGCCAGCCAAUCAGAGAGAGGGGUGGGGCUGCAGGCUGGGCAUGCUCAGUCCCUGUUUAUUGAUGAGGGGAUGUAUUUAUGUUGACGUUACGUCCAAACUGGUGACGGUGAUUUGUUUUGUUCCUGGGAGAAUAAAGUUUUUUUCAU